AUGUUCCUACCGCUCACGCUGCCGCCGCUCGUCGGGGCUUAUCAGUCCGCGCUCGCGGCGGCGCCCAUCACGACAAACGUGCUGUCGGCCGCCAGCCUGCCGGACGAGAAGGCGGAGGCGGCAAAGGCGAAGCGCGAGGCAAGGAAAUUCACUCGCCGACUUUGCCACGCGACCCUGUUGCCCGCCCAUGCCAAGGCGUCAGCUUCCGCGGUCUCUGGACUCUGCUGUGGCCACCGAUGCUGCCCGAGCAGUCUGAUGUUCUCAAUUCUGCGUACCUGGUCUUCGGACAGCGGUGAACGCCAGCGCUUGACUGAAACCGACACCACAGGUGACGGCGUCGAGCUUGGGCGGCCACACCGGCGCUUGACUGACACCGACACCACAGACGACGGCGUGGAGCUUGGGCGGCCAUCGCUUGAUCCGGAGCCCUCCGCUUGGUAUCUGAGGCGCGUCCUUGAGCGACCGCUCGCCCGCACAGAGCAAGAGCUGUCCGGUGGAUUUCACUCGUGGACGGUUGUGAUGGCCACCGCUCCAGGGGCAAAUCCCUGCGUGUCGGCCGCGCUGCUCAUACUGUCAAUCAUGCUUUUGGCCGUGCAGUCGAACUUUAUGGUGGCGGUUGCCUACGAGUCGGCAUACUCGUCGUGCACGGACCACCAGGACUGCCCAACCGGAGAGUGGUGCGUCCCGGCGGGCUUUAUGGCGCCCAUUGUCGACCGGCGACCACUACACGCGGAGGCGCCUGGCGUGUGCGGCGACUGCCACUACUCGAACCUUCUCGAGUUUCCUUGGGCCAACACGAGCUUCGCUGUCGGGCCAGGGUGGUUUGACGGCGACGAGGUGCAGGAGUUGAGCGGCGACAAAUGGCAGCACGACGGCGCGGCGUAUUGCAACAACACGGAUACCAUCGCGAUGCGCUGCGACCACAUCGUCAAGCGCCAGAGCCGUCUCACCACGAGACACAUCUUUGUUCUCAUCGUCGUAGCGCUGCUGAUCCUGAUCCCGCUGACCGAGGACUGGGACGAAGCCGCGCUCGAGAAGAGCCUCUUCCAACAGCGCACCCGCGGUCUCUCGCGCUGGUCGCUCCUGCGGGCGCUCAUGUGGGUGUCUCUUCGCAUGCGGUUGUUCAUCUUGCCGCUCAACAUCCUGAGUGCGACCCUUGCCCUGUUUCUGCAAGACGAGACCAUCACCGACCUCGUUCUCGAUGGGCUCGCAAUCACUUUCAUGACGUACAUCGACAACUUGGUCGCGCUCUUUUGUUUGCCUCGAAGCCAUCUCCGUUCGACUGCCGCAGCGAUUGCUGUGGUCCGGCAAGGAGAGGACGAGGCUGCCUCCGGCUCUGCCGACGCGCGUCGGCACUUUAUGCGAUGGUUGUUUCAUCGUGUGUAUGCUGCUGUGAUGGGGGUGACUCUCAUAGUGAUCAGUAUCCAGCCCGAAGCACUCAUGGUGGCGAUCAAUGCGUACGGGGGGGUGCCGAUUUGCGACAGCAUCAUCGACACGAUCUACAGCGGUCUUGGAUCAGGUAUCCAUCUCCCAGUGGUCUUGGCCAUGGCUGGCUCUUGGGCAAUCGUGCGCGAGCGAUCCUUCGUCUGCGUCUCUUAUGGGCGGCAACUUGCGUUCGCGGCCUGCGACGCGUACUUCACCAUGUUUUUUGUUUAUGCGACAACAUUUCUCAAUCCGGCAGACCCUUAUGCGCUUCAAUUCUUGCAGGACCCAAUGUCAGUCGUGCUCCGCUGGCCACAAGACAUGAUGCUGCUCCUGUCGUUCCUUUUUGCGGAGCAGGCGAGGAAAGCUCCGUGGACUGUCGAGUUGGAAGGCGCCUAUACCCUUGCUGACGAUGUCGUCCCUAACCCUGACUGCGGCUGCGUGGUCCUCUCCAGCCCCUGGCUCGUGAUCAGACUUUCCCUCCUCGCGGCGGUCGUCUGCCUGGUGGUGGUGCGGGUUCGAGUGUCGAGUUCUGUCUCCGGGGAGUGCAACUCCACCGGCCGAGCUCGAGUGCACCCUCACCGGGACGACAGCAGUCGUUCGGCGCCAGACGGCGGCGCCACGGCUGGCGCCUGCCCCGGUGAAGGGGUGCCACCCCCGUUUGAGCGCGGAGGCUCAGAGCCGGAGGGUGGCUGGCUCAUGUAG